CGCUUUAAUCGAAAGUCAGAUCGCCGCGGACUGCCGCGUAGUCACGCGGACGUUCGUUUAUCAAGUUUUUUUUCUCACCAUCCAAAAAUAUAAUAUUUCUCUAUUUGCAUUAUAUAUUCGUUUCCCCCCCCCCCGCCCCUCGGGAUUUUUCUUAACUCGAAGAGAGAGAAAGAGAGAGAGAGAGAGAAAGUAUAAUAUCCCUGUAACAUAAAUCAACGACGAUGGUUAGAAAGUGUGUCAUCUUUUUAGCAACAAUUACGUGUUUCUUUAUAGAUUAGCUUUGUUUUCUAAGGGAUUAGAAAUAUUUAUUUAUUCUAUAGUGUGUUAAAAUACGAGUGAGAAUAUUCGGGAUUUAUUCGUGAUAGGUAACAGUGUAAACAAGAGAGGAGAAAUAAAAGGUGAUGUGUAUUACAUACUGAGAGUAUAGGAUUCGUGUAGGAGUAAAGUUCACUGGCCGUACAAAGUACUGAUAACAGAAACGGUAGGCGUCCGGAGUAAUAAAGAAGAACACUAAACAAACAUAGUUGUGAAGAUUUCUCGUUAACUUUUGCCAUCGUGAACGAUUGGAUUUGUUUAAAAUGAAUUAUUGAUCGAAAGUUAGCGAAAAGAAAGAAGUAAGUAAGUAAGUAAGUAAGGAAGGAAGGAAGGAAGGUCGAGUGGUGCCGGGUUCGGCGACAAGACGCAGUUUAAAAGCUCGAAAAGCUCGAAAAUAUCGGAAGGAAGAACGAGACCGAAGAGAAGAAGAAGAAUAAGAAUAAGAAGAAGAGGCGCGAAGCGAUUGGUGGUAACACUCGGUAGAAUAGAGUAGCGUUUCUUGUGUCAGUAGUCCGGAGGCAUAUACCCAGGGUAUAUGCGUGGCGUAUUAAUAGACAUUAGUGGCUAGUUGGUGGGGGGGACGACGCUCUUUGCUCGCGGGUGAAAAUAGAAAAGAAUGUUUUUGGAAUCCAAUUGGACUUGGUUGGCAGAACGAUGGGUCAAUAUGGCCGACUUGGCCGAGCGGGUGGACGAUCUGAUAUGCAGUUUCGACUCGGCUGGUGAUACGACCAUGGAUACAUUAUCGAUGCUGAUAUUCGGUUGGAUGCUAUUCGGUCUUGUUGUAUUGUGCGUCGGCAAGUAUGUCUACAAUCGUUUUGUCUUAAACGAUCUCGGUAGCUCACACGGUACGAAAGACGGCCAUGUCUUUCACGGCGAUAGUGUUGUGGUGACGACGAGUGGUACUGUUGCUGUUGCUGGUGGUGUUGUUGCCGCUGGUGCCCCCACCGGGGCUAAGUUUCUUUCUCAUCAGGAGAGAUCUAACAAAUUAUCAGUGUCAUUGGUCGGUGCUCCCUCGGGCACCAGCUCGAAAACAUCGACUACGACCGGUCCUACUGGAAUCGGUGGUGCUGUUCUAGCUGCCUCUAACGCAGCUGCUUCUUUCGGGGGAGGUGCCAGCGGUUCAUCCUCGACGAUUUCCCUCGCACCCGCUGUCCCAACUUCCUCGACCUCUUCCCCUGGCUACGUACCGCCGACUCCCCCGGUCCGGAAACGACUGACGAGGAAGACUUCCGGUGCUCUUAUCACUCCUGCUAGAAGCUCGAGGGCCCUUCAUUUACCUACGGCGACCGGUGCUGACGCCGAAGCCGUUCGUUGGGUCAACGAACUGAUCGUCUGGCUGCACUCGGACCUUGUCAUCCUCAACGAACUUCUCGCCAUUUGGGUGGCUUCCUUGAACGACUUUACUGCCGGCUCCGUCGACGAGCAUGGUGUGGGCGUCGAAUUUGUACGCGUACUUCCUGAAACACAUCCACCAACACUGUCGAAUAUUUUCUGCGAAUGCGACUCGAAAGAUGAUGUGACCAUUACGUGCGACUGCGAGGCAACACCAGCCCUCCAGUUGAAAGCAUUUCGUCAAAGAGGUGACAAAUUGGAGUCUAGUCACUAUCGUGUCAACGUUAAUCGUUUCCGUGCACGAUUGAACGUUGUUUGCAUCACCGAAAAACUUCUCAUCGAUCUCAAAUGCGACGGCUGGCCCGAGGUGAAGGUUUCCCUGGCACAGGUAGGAACAAUAAAGAAGGAUUUGGAUGAGAGCCAACUACAGGAAGUAGUGACGGAAAUUGUAGUUGGUGCUUUGAGGGGUACCAACGUUCAUCUGAAUCUAUCACAAUAUCCAACUUGUCCACGAUUAUGGAGAGAACCACCUCCCCAACCUGGUUUCUCUUUACCAGUUCAUUAUGAUAGUAUGAGUAGUUCAAAUUCAAUGAUACACAAGGGAUCUCCUCAACGUCUUCAAACACGUAAUGCAACUUCUGCGACCCAGUUGCAACAACAACAACAACAACAACAACAACAACAACAACAACAACAAUACUUGCCCGGUGAAAAGCGUUUGCUUGUAAAAGUUGUACGAGCUACAGAACUUGGUGGUCAACAGCCCUCGGUUGAACCAUAUUGCGUUGUCGAAUUAGAUGAACCACCGCAAAAGCAUCAAACUUCUAUCAAAAAGGAUACAACCAAUCCAGUUUGGGACGAAGCAUUCUUGUUUGAUGUCAGUCACAACACCACUGAGGUACUCUUGGAAAUUUACGAUCAUGUAAAUAAGAGUCAAAAAUUCUUGGGACUUGGUAUAGUAGGGGUCGAAGAACUUCUUGCAAAUCCGAGCCAGAGGCAAAUUAUACCGUUGCAAGGUAGACCUUACGAGGAGGAUGACGUCACUGGCACCCUCACCGUAGAGUUUCUUUUCAUCGAGGGUGCUGAGGUGCCACAGAUCGGAACGAAGCCUUACAAAGUGAAGGAGACAAUAAAACCGAUGUCACCGACUCGUACCUACAAUCCAGCGACCAAUCUCGUCAGCAGCAAUAGUCUUAAUUACAACAAUGGUAACAGCACUCUUAUCUUGUACGACAAUACCACUCUGUCAGACGGGGAUCCUUAUCUGACAAAUGGAAACGUGGACUCGCCAUAUAGAAGUGGUCAAACAAACGGUAACAAAGGAACUCUGAUAGUGCACAGUCAGCAAAGGCAAGCAGAGCGACAAGUAGUAAAGGUAGCUAUGACGGAAAACGGAAAUUGGCAAGAAAUUUCCCCUGAGCACGGAGGAAAGGACACCAGUGUGACAUCAGGACCAGAAAGUACGCCAAAUUCCUCUAAUUCAGAAGAAAGAGGAAGAACGAGAAGAAAACGAAGAGACUUUUUCGGUACUAUAAAAAAGCGUUUGAGUCGAUCAAAAACAAGGAGUAGAUCGGUUGGUCCAGAAGGAGACAUCAAUCACGAGGAUGCACAUUCGAGGUCCAUAUCUGCGGACAGAGCACGAGAUCCUGGAUCAGCACAUUUGUCGAUACCAGGAAGAGAAGAACACUCGAGGAGAUCUAGUUUGAGCGAAGCAUCCGGUAUUAGCGGAACUUCUACGAGAACUUAUGUUAACGAGGCCUCUACGCUUGUUUUAGAAACCAUGGAAAAUGGUAUCAAGAAACAUUAUUUGGUUCCAUUAUCACUCGCACAAAAAAGCAAAUGGAGGAAAAAGGGCACGAAAUUACAUAUAUUCAACGAUCACACGUUCAUCGCAAAACACAUGUCAGGAGGUACGGUGUGCGAAGUGUGUAAACGAACGCUAGCUCGAAGAUUAGGCAAACAAGGAUACGAGUGUAGGGACUGUCAAAUGAAGUGUCAUAAACACUGUCAUGUUAAAGUAGACACGACGUGUCCUACGUCAACUAUACAAAGCAUCGAAUUGACGUAUAUAAGGAUUCCACAACUGGAAAGAAAAUCAUCGAUGCGUUUAUGCUGAUCUGGGACCUCUACUACUACUUCUACAUUAGUGGUCUUUUUAUUAACAAUAAAAUACAAAAUGGUAGGAUGAGAAGACAAAAAGAAGAAGCAGAAGAAGAAGUAAAGAAACGUAACGGAGCUGAUAAACGUGCGAAUAAAAUUAAACAAAAAUUCUCGAAAAAAAAGAAACUUGUUAAUUGAGUUUUACACGAUACUUACUUCGAACAGUUGAUUAAUUCAGCUCUCUGUCGAUAAAGUAGAUAUUUAAUUAAACAAAAUCAUUUUCCCUUGCAAUUUCGAAAAAAAAAAAAACUGCUUCGCUCUUAAAACUUCACUUUUGAACAAAAUUUCUCUCGAAUUUUUAAGCAAGAGAAAAAUAACGACGAUUACAAAAUGACAGGAAAUGUAAAAUUUCGUUUAAAAAAGAAUCAAAAUAAUGUAAUCAAAAAGAGAGAGAGUAACCGAGUUAAGAAGAAAAUUGUCCUACCGCUCAACUUCUUCCAAUGACUUAUGUUCUAAUCGUUAAAUAUGAAUCAUGUUCUCUUAAAAGCACUGACAUGCGAUUUACACGUACGGAUUAUUCUAGAGAAGAACGAAAAAUUCUUUUUAUUUCAUUGUUUUUCUUUUUUCCCUCUUAUUUUUAUUAAAAUAUUAUUCAUUUAAUUUUAAUAAUAAUAUAAAAAAAAAAAACACAUGUCAUCUCGUAUCAUCAUAAUAGUGCCGGUAAUUAUGGCAAUAGACUAACAAGUGAACAAAAUUGUAAAAAUAAAUUUUACGAUUUAUUUUAUAUUAAAUGUGGAUUAAUAUUAUAAA